AUGAAGCGUCUGCGGAAGUACGGAGACACAGGUCUACAUUACGCGUGUAGCGGAGGUCAUGACAAGAUUGUGGAGCAGCUCAUUAAGAACGGAACUGAUCUCAAUGUGACUAACGGGGACGGAAACACAGGUCUGCAUUACGCGUGUGGAGGAGGUCAUUACAAUGUUGUGGAGCUGCUUAUCAAGAACGGUGCUGAUCUCAAUGUGACUAACAAGGGCAGGGACACAGGUCUGCAUUACGCGUGUAAAGGAGGUCAUUACAAGGUUGUGGAGCUGCUCAUCAAGAACGGAGCUGAUCUCACUGUGACUAACAAGAAUGGAGACACAGGUCUGCAUAAAGCGUGUGAAGGAGAUCAUGACAAGGUUGUGGAGCUGCUCAUCAAGAACGGAGUUAAUCUCAAUAUGACUAACGUGAAUGGGGACACAGGUCUGUAUUACGCGUGUGCAGGAGGUCAUGACAAGGUUGUUGAGCUACUCAUCAAGAACGGAGCUUAUCUCAAUGUGACUAACGAGGGCGGAUGGACAGGUCUGCAUAAAGCGUGUUGGGGAGGUCAUGACAAGGUUGUGGAGCUGCUCAUCAAAAACGGAGCUGAUCUUAAUGUGACUAACAAGUACGGAGACACAGGUCUGCAUAAAGCGUGUAGAGAAGGUCAUGACAAGGUUGUGGAGCUGCUCAUCGAGAACGGAGUUGAUCUCACUGUGACUAACAAGAAUGGAGACACAGGUCUGCAUAAAGCGUGUGAAAGAGCACAUGACAAAGUUGUGGAGCUGCUCAUUAAGAACAGAGCUGAUCUCAAUGUGACUAACAAGAACAACAAGCGCCCGGUUGACGUUACUGCAGGACUGGGCAAAGAUACACAGUUAUUGCUGGAGACAGAAACACGGAAACAGGCUGAGUACAGCGAGCUGGUCUCCUCCGUGGGGUCUGAGGAGGGAACAACAGUCAAACUGUUUCUCUGUGGAGACGGGCAGGUCGGAAAAACAUCUUUGCGAAAGAUUCUGAAAAAGACGGGCGUCAUCGUUGUUGCUUUCUGGAACAUAAAGAGGAGGGUCAGACAACAAGACGUUUUUAACCCCACCCCGGGGGUGCAUGUAUCCAGUAAAACCGUGCCGGGAAUCGGGAGACUCAGUCUGCAUGACUUCGCAGGACAGGCACAGUUCUACGUCACACACGCCAUGCUGCUCCGCACCACUAACGCCAUCUUCCCUGUCGUCUACAAAAUCACGGAUGGGGAGGACGAACAGAAACGGCAGGUCCACGGCUGGCUGAGCUUCAUCCACUGCAGUAACGCAGAUCCCACCAACAAACCCCGGAUUAUCCUGAUCGCCAGUCAUGCGGACAAACUACAGGACCAGGAAGCAGGUAUGCGCCGGGCUAAAGCUCUGGUGGAACACUACAGGAAACUGUUCCAGGAGUCACUGAUUGUGUCACAGGAGGUGUUCCUCAUCAACUGCCUGGAGGCGGGGUCUCCUGGGAUACAGCGGCUGCGAGAGGUGCUGGCAGCAUUCAGGGACGACAUGUUGAAGCAAAGACCACAGGUCCCAAAGGUCUGUGUCCAGAUAUUGACACUGAUUGAAAGCCGGAGGCAGGAAAGGAAGAUGUUUCCAGUGAUGGAAUGGCAGGACUUCCUGACAGCUGUCAGGCAGGCAACGUAUGGCACCCUUGAGUCACGUAUCGUACACCUGGCGUCAUCUUACCUUCACGAUGAGGGGGAGAUCAUCUACCUUCGCCGCGAAGCUGACUCGUCGGUAGUACUAGACCCCAAGUGGCUUUUCACAUCCGUUUUGGGGUCCUUGCUCGCCCCGGACAACUUUCCAAUCGACAAGGUUGAGAGGACUGCCGACGAUUACGUCACCGUUGAGGAGCUUAAACGUGUCUUCAGUGCCGUGGCCGACAUCCCUCUGCUGAUCAAACUUCUCCAGGACUUCCAGCUCUGCCACACGUACAACGGUCGCACCUUCAUCCUCCCCAGCCUGCUGCAGCAGGAGAUGGAAGAGGCGGCGUGGUCUCCUGUGUCCAGCAAGGCUGUCUACUUUGGUCUCCAGAUCCAAGGUCGCCAGGAGAUCGACAGCUUCUCGUGCGACCUGUUCCCGCGGCUGCAGACGCUGCUGAUGCAGGCGCACCCGGACAAGCUCAGCCGGCCUCUUCUGUGGAAGAACAGCGCCAAAUGUACCGACGGGAAGGCCGACGCGCUGCUGCGGAUCACACAGGACAAGAGACAGCUCAACAUCUUCGUCAGGAGCACGAAAGGCUUCAGGAAAGACUGCAACUCCAUCAUGGACCUCCUGAAGAACAUGACGUACCGCCUGCUGCACGAGACCAGCCCCGGAUCCAGGUCACGGGACAUGGUGCUCAGCGCCCUGGACCUCCGGGAACACAGACCCCAGCCUCACGCCUACAGCAGGGAAGAGGUGGAGACGGCGGCGGAGGAAGGCAGAGAUGUCGUCCAUCCUAAAAGGAACAUUCCGGAAGAUGUCAAGGAUCUGCUUCUGCAUCUUGACAGCCUGACAGGCAUGCUGGGACGCGUUGCCCGGAAGAGGCCGGAGCUGGUGGAGACCUUACGUCACAUCAACCCCAUCCUGAACCACCUCCGCGCUGAUGACGUCAUCAACUUGGACGAGAACGACCGCAUCCGGGCUGCCAGGACUCCCCAGGAUGCAGCGCGCGAGCUACUGGACAUCCUGGAGGCCAAAGGUGAAAGGGCAUGUGUCAAGUUCCACUCAGUCCUUGAAACAUGUGAUAAGUUUGCUGCAAGCCUCAUAGUGGAGGAAGAAAUGUCUGAGGAGGGGGCAACAGCAAGUUAGAUUGGCAUUCAAUAACAGAACCUUUGUAAUAAGAAUUUUGUUAUUAGCCGUUCGUUACUCGCCUUUACAGAAAUGAAGAAAACAAGACACUGAAACAUCACCAAUGCUGCCUUGAGGGCCAGGGUAAUGCCUUGCUACAUUUUGGAAAUUAAGAAUAAAGAAAACAUGUGAUUAACCUUGAGAGUUCCCAUAUUGAAUCCUGUACUCAAGCUACAAUUGUCUUACAGGAUUUCAGGAGCUUGUAUAUUUUAUCAUCCGACUUUAUCCGGCAAAGAUACAAUUUUCACCAUUAAUACGUUAUAAGCAUGCUGCAAGUCUUCCAGAGUAAUGUGUGGGGAGGGGGGCUACAGCAACUUGGGGUUCAGUUACUCUACAUUUUUAUGUUAUUAGCCGUUACGCCUUUUCAAAAGGCAAAUUUGUUUGGCUCGUUAUCCAACUAGGUUUUCCAGGUUAAGUCUCAUGACUCUGCGACUUAGAGACUGACUGACUAACUACAGAAUCUUAGGUAACCCAGUAAGUAUCUCUAUAUACUUGUGUAUAUAUGCAUUUGGUGAAUAGUGCAUGCAAAAGGGAUUUUCAAUUUUACUAGACAAUCGGCAGAUAGAUCAGAUUACUUAUACGCACUCUGCUUUAUUGUUAAGGAAAUGUGCGCAAUAUGAGCUUUUUUCAUUUUGUUUGUAUGUUAUUUUCAAUACAUUAAUAGAAUGUACGUAUAAUUACGUUUCUUUGUUAGCAAAUUAUGUCCUAUGGAAUCUUAUCUUUAACAAUACCACUAUACAACUAAGUAUAAUGAGUUUAGGUCCAAAGCACUUAUUAGAGGUGGUGGUCAGAAAUUAACUGUAAAUAGUUCCUCGAUAUAUACUUCCAACUGGACACAUAUUUUAUACUGGAUAAAUAAGAUAUACGUGA